UAAGAUAGAAAAUGAACUGACCAGGUCUUUAAAAAAGCUCAGAGAUCAACAGAUAAUUCCACCAGACAUAUAUGAAUCAAUCAGGCCGACAGGUACUCAUUUACCUAGGUUAUACGGACUACCGAAGGUACAUAAACCUGAUAUCCCAUUGAGACCAAUUUUAGACAUGUACGAUUCUCCUUACCAUACGGUAGCAAAGUGGUUAGUAACCGUUUUAAAACCACUUCACAAACAACUAGUAAAGCACAGUGUUAAGGAUGUAUUCCAAUUCGUCGAGAAGAUUAAAAACAUAAACACCAAAGGUCUAAAGAUGAUGUCCUUUGACGUAACGUCAUUGUUCACAAAUGUACCACUCAGAGAGACUGUAGAAUAUAUUUGUGAACAGCUUAGAGAACAGGAAGUAGUAACUACAGUCCCUGUGGAGACCAUCAAAGAAUUGCUACUAAAAUGUACUAUGAAUGUACAUUUCAAAUUCAAUGGUGAAAUCUACAGACAAAUAGAUGGGGUCGCGAUGGGUUCACCCCUAGGUCCCAUAUUGGCUGAUAUUUUUCUCGCGAAACUAGAAAACGGACCACUCACACGACAGAUUGAAAAGUUUUCACUUUAUUGCCGAUAUAUGGACGACACGUUCAUCCUAUGUAACGACUAUACUGACUUAAUGCAGACACUACAGCUAUUCAAUACAGCCCAUCCGUCUAUUAACUUCACAUGUGAGGAGGAAAAUGGAGGUAGGAUCGCUUUUCUAGAUGUUCUCCUUACAAAGAGAGAAGACGGUUCAUUAAGGAGAAAUAUAAACAAGAAAAAAUCGUGGACGGGUCAGUAUACUAACUUUCUUAGUUUUGUUCCUCUACAGUACAAAAGGAACCUAAUUAAGACAUUACACUAUAGAAUUAAGACCAUAUGCUCUGAAGAUACGGUCGAGGAAGAAACAAAAGCAUUAUAUAGGACCCUGAGAGAAAAUGGAUACCCGGAGAAAUUUAUAAAUAAAAACAUUACUAAUAAAAGAGACCAUAAAGAAUGUUUAAUUGUGAAUAAAAAACCUCUGUAUAUACGUCUACAAUUCAGAGGUGACGCACCUGGUGAAAUGGUAAGAUUGAAACUACGAAGAUCAAUCGAAAGGACUUUUAAUGCAGGUAAACUACAACUAAUGUUUUCCACACGCCCAAUGAUCACGCCGACAUUGAAAGAUAAAUUGCCUAGACUAGCCACUUCUUUCUGUAUCUAUCAAUUCAACUGCUCCUGUGGAGCAAGUUAUAUAGGCAGAUGUUCUAGGAAUUUGUAUACUCGGGCUCGUGAACACCUUCCAGUGUGGUUAAGCAAAGGUGUAGUCAGAACGGUUAACAGCUCUGUUUUAGCCCAUUUAGUUCAGACGGGACAUAGAGCCGACAUUGAGCAAUCUUUCACAGUAAUAUAUCGUGUAAAUAGCAGUCUACCUAAUUCUGUCAGACAGAGAAUCCUGCAGACGGCUGAGGCAAUUGCUAUUCGGAUCAAAAAGCCAGAGCUCUGCAUCCAAAAGAAAUAUGUACAGCCACUCCUUUUACCCUGGCCAACUUCAGGGUCAACUUGUUAAUAAUCAAUUUUGUAAUAAGGUGACAUUAAUUUGAUUAAUGUUCAUUUCUAUAUCUUAGUCUUAUCUACACAUCUUAUCAGUCAUUAUUCUUAUUCUUAUUAUUAUCUUUAUUAUUAUUAUCACACCUGCUAACCUUUUAUAGAAAUUUAUUUAUCAUCCACCCCCUAUCUACUAUAUCUGACCUAAUU